AUGCGCAAAGCCGGAUCACAUCUCAAUAGUCGCAUUCAAGAGUUUGAACUUUGGCGGAAAGACGGAGAUUUCUUCCGAGAUGGUGAAUAUGCGAAACGUCGAGCUAAACGCCGUGAACGUGUGAGCUCCUUGGAAGGUGAUCGUAGACUCAAACGCUGGAAGAAGUUGUAUAUACCAGCAGUCUUAGGCAUGAUGACUGGGUCGUUCCUGACGUUGGCUUCCACAGUUCAUGGACUUGGCAAAAACACAAUUUUCUGGUCAAGUAAAGAGAUAUUUCAUGUGUUAGGUCCAGUGUUUUUAUGUUCCGGAUUAGUAUUUCUCGUCUUAGCGGCUGCCUGUUCCCACCAAGAAGAGGAAAAAUUGCGUAUUAAGUUAGGUCUUCCCAGUAUGUUUCCACAGUCCAUGAAAACUUUACCUAGUGAAGAAUUGACCUCAAUAACCAAUAUCAGUGAAUUAGAAUCGUCCCAUUCCUUGGCUGAAAAACUCGCUUCAAAAUCAAAAGAGAGACCAAUAUCUCGUAUAAAUUCAGAAACGUUUUCCAAUGAUGGAUCUGUUACAUCAUCGUUUAAAGACAGGGACAGUUUUCAGCCUAAAUAUGGACCUAGUCUUUCCAAACAUAAUCCUAAUAUGCAUUUAAAACGAAGUACAAGGAGUGUUCAAUCAGGUAAUUCUAUAGCACCGGAAAUAGUGUUUGAAGUAGAAAAUGAAACAUGUCGAUCAGAAAGUUUAACUUUUAAAGAGACGGAUAUCGAUGCUUAUUGUGCAAUGAUUAAUAAUGAGAAACAGGCGGAUAUUAAAAGUAAUCCUGAAAACAGUGAAUUGUUAUCAAAUAUUGAUGUACCUGAUCAACUUCUCUCAAAUCAUAUUCCAUCUAUACAGUCCAAUAUUCCACUUAUAGAAUCAAAGUCACAAAAACUCAAAUCAAAAGAAUUAGAUUCUACCGAACCGGAAAUAGAACACAAUAUUUCAGAAACAAAAAAGGAAAAGUCACGAAUUUAUUGUUUUCAUAGACUUGUCAAAGCAAAAGAUAGAUUUAUAUCGUCUGCAUCGGAAACAUCAUCCGGGUACUCGAGUGGUACCAAUAUGGUGGAUACUGAACAAUUCGAAUGUUUUACAUCGUUUGACAGUGAACAAGAUGGCGAUAUAAUAGAAUCAUGUUCCUAA